ACAGAGCUGGGGCAGAGCUGAGGUUCAACUUCAACGAUUAAAAAUAGGAAAUACUCAGAUAUCUAUAGCUGUCAUGAGACGAAACUACCGAACGAUAAUCAAGGUAGUCUUUGCCAUAUUGGGAGCGUUAGCUGGAAUUUGUGCGUGUUUUUUAUUCGCCAAGAAGUACCAUAAUGUGCACGCUGCUGUAUGGGCUGGAGUAUCUGCUGUUUUCGCCUUGUUCUUUCUACACAUUGUCUUCUCUGUUCUCCGCGAUAUUCAGCGCAAGAUCCCUCCAAGCCGUUUUAUAAUCUACAAGGUCGUUGGAGCUAUUGGAACAAUCAUGGGGCUGUCAGUAUUCAUUGCUUAUUUGGUGAUAGGAGCCACUAAGAAAGAAUCUGUGGACCCUUAUGGAAGCUAUGUUGUUGUAGUCUGGGGUUUCAUGACUUUCAAGUGGUCACUAUUCUCUAUGUUGUCUGCAAGGUCCUACUACAAGAAAUAUACAUUGGCAGAUGAAAAUCAAGUCAUUGUCAACAGUUAGUUGAGACUUUAAUUGUGGCCUUGCAUUCAAGAAAAGUAAGUACUAGUACUAGUAUUGAAUGGUCCCAUCGAGGUCGGAAAUUAAUUUUUCCGAAUUUAAUUCCAAGGGCUUUCGCCCGGAAUAACCUCGUUCCCUAGCACUACAACUUACCUAUAUUAUCCUCUA